AUGUAUAAGAAGAAAUGGCAGAAUUUGAAGAAAGUUAAUGACAUUUUCGAACUUGAACCAGAAAUAACUAAGAGAACACAGUGUUCCUUGAAAGUUAAUUUUACACAUGUAGCAUUUGAUUGCUCCGAGGAACAUCUUGUUACAACUGAUUCAGCUGGAUAUUUAUAUUAUAUUGACAUAUCAAAUAGUUCUCCAUCUUACCAAAAAUUAGGAAAUAUUGGGCAACCAACAUUUAUAACAUUUAAUCCGAUAAAUAAAUUUGAGAUAUUAGUGGGUCUUACUACAGGCAAUAUAAAGAUUUUAAAAAUAAAUGUAAAUAUUACCCAACUCUAUUUGUUGAUUGCUCACAAAUUACCACCUGUACAUGUUUCUUUUUAUAAAAAUUAUUGUUUAACUAGUUCAUGCAAAGAAGUUAUAAUAUGGUGUUUAAAUUCUUGUAGUAAAGCUCAACAAUUAAGAGUUAGCACAAAGAACGUUGUAAUAAAGAAAGCGAGUUUUUCGAAUUUAGGACAUAUUGUUGUAUUAUAUUGUAAUGAUAAUUUACAAACCUGGAACUUUGAUCGAUUGGAAGACGAUGUGAAAAUUGAUACAAAAACAUUUGGAGUGCGAAAUAUUAAAGACUUUGUUUUUACACAAAAUGGAAGAGCAAUGAUUUUAUCUAAUGCUCAAAAUAAAGUUGUUAUUCUAAACACAUGCGAUUGGAAUUUAUUGAAGAUUUUGGAUUUACCAGAUAACUUUGUUGGACCAAAGCAAUUAUUACUUGUGCCAUUACCUUUAGAUGGUGGAGCAAAUAAUGUAUUAAUAUGCAUUUCACCAAGUUCCACUCUUCACUUUUUUGAUCUGAAUCAGUCUUGUAUUAUUCAUACUUUACAAGCAGUCAAGCCUAUAAGGAAAAUUGCAGUUUCUCCUACUGGCAGAUAUAUAGCUUAUAUAGAACAAGAAGGGCACUUAAAAUUAAUAAUCGCAGAAAACUUAUUUUCACAGAAAUGUAAAACCUUAUCAAAAAUAAAGAAAUCGUGCAGACCACAAGCACAUGGAAAAUGUGAUCAUUUACAAUGUGUUAAGCAACUUAUGGAACAAGAAUUGCGUACAGAAAGAUUAAUACCCAUUUUGAAAGAGUUUGGUGAAUAUCCUGAAGCAUAUCGUGUAUUAAUAUGGUCAACUAUUUUAAAAUUGCGAGGCAAUAGAAAUGGAUACAAUGCUUUGGCUAACAAGGCAACAAAUGCAAAUUUUACUUCAGAACUUCUCAAAAACUAUCCAUUGGCAGAUCGAAGUAAGAGAACAUUGUUGAUGACGAUAAUAAAUUGUUUAAUACAGUGGUGUCCUUUAUUAAGCCAAUGUUCAUUUUUACCAAGUUUAGUUUUUCCAUUUCUUAUGGUCUUUCAGAAGGAUCCUUUACUCGGUUUUGAACUCAUGCUAAGCAUAUUAUUAAAUUAUUGUCAAAAGUGGUUUGAAUAUCACCCUCUACCGCCUCUAAAUGUGUUAGGUAUAAUAGAAAAUAUUCUCCUGUAUACAGAUCCAUCUUUGUUAAAUAUUUUUUGUGAACGAGGAGUAACAUCCAGUGAAUAUGCAUGGCCACUUUUAAAAACUGCCAUGAGCGAAGUCUUAUCUGGUCCUGAAUGGUUAAUUUUUUGGGACAACUUAAUAUCUUAUAAAAGGCCUUCACUUUUGUUAAUAAGUGUUGUUGCUUAUAGUAUUUGUUCUCGUGAAAUCAUAAUUUCUUCAUUACAUUCGCCAGAAAAGUUUAAACGAUAUUUUACUAGUCAAGGUCAUAUUACUGCGAAGGAAUUAUUAAAAGUUGCUCAACAACUUGAUAAUGAUAUACCAUUAAGAAUACAUCCUAAUCGCUAUCUCAGAAAUGAAUUAAUAACAUUGCCUUUAAAAGGACCAUAUCCACCAUUCAUGUUGCAUGAUUUUCCAAAAUUUUUAACUGAUGACAUUUCUAUUUUGGAAUUGGAGAAGUUAAAAGAAAAAGAACAAAUUAUGCGUAAACAUAACUAUAAAGUUAUGGAAAUUGCAGAAGCAAAAAGACUGAAACACGAAGCGGAAGCUUUUAUGGAUCAGAUUCACCAAACAAGAUUAAGUGAAGUACAAAAAUGUAUCAAAGAACAAUUAUCAGAUAUAGAUUGGAAAUUCAGAACAACAGAUACGGCGAAAACACUGGAAACGUGUAAGCAUGUUUGUGAUCAAUUUUAUAAUCUUCCAGAAUUAGAUAUAAAUGUUUCAAGUGACGAGGAUGUUGUAGAUUAUAGAAAUAACAAAUCAAAACAUUACGAAAAACUCCAGCGAGAUGUAGACGAAUUAGAAUAUGAAGUGCAAAGUCUCUUGAAUUCGUUACGAUCUCAGAAAUCAAGAGCAGAAAAUUAA